CGGACACGGUACGCUAGUUUCUAUAUAAGAGCCAAUAGAGAUUGCCUUUGCGCGCUUUUGCGCCAUGGGAAAAAACCCUGUCCGUCUCUGACACGGGGCCUCUGGUUUCGGAUCGGAUUAGGUUUCUCGAACAAACCCCAAUCGAUUGUGGCGAGUUGCGACAUGGCGACGAUCGCGUUCCGACUCCUCUCUCGCCGGACUCUCACCAGCGCCAUAGGCAAGGCCGCCGAGCACCUUCCUCAGGGUCGUUGGUCGUGGCGGUCCUAUCUGAUUGGCUUCGACGACACGGCGAUGGCCGAGGCCAAAAGGCGAUUAGGCCACGCGUCGUACAUGAAGCUGCUGGAGAAAGAGCAGGCAGCUGUCGACCGGACCCUCGGCCGCUUGGUUUUUGGGUCGGCCGUGGUUUCCUUCGGAUUGCUUCUUGCCAAGAUUUAUCCUCCUCCCCCGGCAAGCGGACGUACUACCACCCCUACUUCAGACGGGGUGUAGGGAAGAGAUCCCGGUUUCAUUUGGAUAUAUGAACGAGUAACAUGCUUUUCGGAUGCAAAUAAGAUGGGUGUAAUUCCUUUUUGAUGUAGCUCACCAUUCAUGCCGAAUGAUAAGAUGGGUGUAAUUCCUUUUUGAUGUACCUCAUCAUUCAGCCAAAUGAUAAGAUGGGUGUAAUUCUGAUAAUGUAUUCAACUGUCCAUAUAUACUACUAUCUCUGUAACUUUUUUAUAAGACGUUUUUCUCUUAGAA